AUGAACCUCGGCAUCAUCCUCCUGAUAUUCACCUGCUUGCAGCCCUGUAUUUGCCAAUCCUGCUCCCCAGCGUAUAAUCGACUCCCAGAUAACAGUGAUAUAACGGUGGUGUGCGGAGCAACAGAUAUAAAGCUGUCUAUAAACAUCUGCCCGAUUUAUUUUGCCAAUUUUCUUCCCAACGAGCUUACUCUGAAUGGAAAAUACAACAACACGGAGUGCAGGGGUCUCGUGGAUAACUCAACAGAUCCCCCAGGCUUGAAAUUCACCCUACAGCUUGAUGAGACAAUUAAUAAUAGUUGUGGAAAUUUCAUUGAAAUUGUAAAUGAAGUCGGCACAGGUGAUUUUAGUCAGUAUUCCAAUGUCCAAGCAGUCAGCAUCUCUGGAUUUGUGGAUUCUUUGCCACUGGCAGAAAUGGGACUUGUGUCUUACAGCACAAACCUAUUCUAUAACUUUUCUUGCCAUUACCCACUGCAGUACAUUUUGAAGAACACAGAGUUGUUUGUGUCCUUUGGAGCAGUGGCUAUCAAUAACAACAAUGGCAGCUUCAUCAGCACUCUGCGGAUGAGGGUUUUCAUGGACGCUGAUUUCACCACGGAAUCAACUACAAAUGGCACCGUAUAUGAUCUAAAGAAAAAAAUAUACGUGCAAGUAAGCAGUAAUAACUCGGCAAUGAGCUACAAUGUUAAUCUGGAUCAGUGCUUUGCCACACCCAGUCCUCUUGUCACCAAUGGAGUAAACGAAAGCUAUGCCUUCUUCACAGGCUGCAAUGUACAAAAUAGAACAACUGUUAUUUUAAAUGGUAAAGCCACGACGGCCAAGUUCAGUUUUGAGACUUUCCGCUUUGUGCAGCACAGUGGCCAGAAAACGUCGUCAAUAUAUCUGCACUGUAUGACCCGCCUCUGUCUCUAUGACCAAUGUCCUACAUGCGCAGGCUCCAGAAAAAGGAGACAGGCUAAUUCCGAUACAGAGCCAGUGAUGAUUUCAUCUGGUCCCAUCUAUGUGGCAGACAGAUCCAGAUGA